AAAAACUCACAUGCGAAUCGCUUGCACGACAGUUACAUCACAUUCAUGGAUGUGAGCGCAAGGAACGACAACUCUGCAUGGAGAUUACCCACAUGCGUGCUGUUGUUUAAUUAUUUUUUUUACCUCCCUUCAAUAAAAACAACAACACGUGAGCAACUUUUAAAAUGAGACAACGCAAACCCCAUGUCCUGAAAAGAAUACACAAGAAACAGGCCAAGAAAGAGGGCAGGGUUAAGACAGUUGUGGUUGAAAACAUUGAACUGAUGAGCAAAGAUCAGAAGAAGAAACUAGCCAAACAGCCUACAAAUAAUAUCCGAGUGUCUGGGAAAAGGAAGCGGAAGAUGUUGAAAAGGUUACGGCAUGCAGAGAAGAGCAAAAACCAAAUGGAAGUGGAGGUGCAGCAGGUUGGCAGGACCCAGCCACAGCAGGGAACCAGUACUGAGGCAGCCACAGAGGGGGCAGCCAUGGAGUCCGACAGUUAAGAGGAGACAGCUCCUCUAUCUUGAACACUUUUAUGUGUGUGCAGUGAGGGCGACAAAACAUUGCAGACAUAAAGAUUUUUCUCAAAUUCUGUAUGCUCUCCAAUUUAAGGGGGAUGCCAUGAAAGUGGAAGUUGUCAUUUACGACAUUAAUAAAUAAUAAAUUAUGAUGCAUCAAUAACGAUACAAUAUCAAACUUGGUAUGUAGUGAUAUUGUCAUAAGUAAACACCUAUCCACUGACUUAUUUUCACUGUAUCAAGUAUAAACUGUUUAACACCUAGCUGAGAAGUAGUGCUAGGUUUUUUGUAUGAUAAUUUCAUAGCAUUUUGUAAAUAUUGUUAUAUGGAAAAUAAAUGCUGUUUCAUCGUAUAAUCAA